AACUAGCUAAGGAGAAAUACCCAACACAGUUUUGGAACCCCUGAUGGCGCAGUGUGUUAAAGCGCUGAGCUGCUGAACUUGCAGACCAAAAGGUCGCAGGUUCAAAUCCGGGUAGCAAAGUGAGCGCCUGCUAUUAGCUCCAGCUUCUGCCAACCUAGCAGUUCGAAAACAUACAAAUUUCAUUUCCAGUCCAGGAGUCCGCUUAUGCCAGUAGGACUGCUGAUCGAAAGGUUGGUGGUUUGAAUCUGGGGAGCAACGUGAGCUCCCAUCUGUCAGCUCCAGCUUCCCAUGUGGAGAGAUGAGAGAAGCUUCCCACAGGAUGAUAAGACAUCCGGGUGUAUCUGACACGGUGGUGGGAGCGAGAGGAGGACCUCCCCGGAAGAUCUAAGGUUACACAUUGGAUAAUAACCUCCUUAGCCCAGAACAAAGACACUUCUACGAGGAGAAUGGCUAUCUGGUCAUCAGAAAUUUGGUUUCCAGUGAGGAUAUUGAAUGUUUCAGGUAAAAAUCAGUUUUCCUACACCUCUACAGAGAGAUUGUUAAAAAAAAAAACAGGGGUAAUGAAAGUAGGCUGUGUGUGGUCCCAAGGCUAUUUUUGUUGUCUUCAAACUAAUUAAAGUGCCUUUUUUUGUCCAAAGGAAUGCAUUUGUGUUUCUGGAAACCUGUUGUUGUUGCUAUGUGCCUUCAAGUAAUUUACAACCCACGACAAGCCUAUCACACAGUUCUCUUGUUAAGAUUUGUUGAAGGGUGUGUGUUAUAUUUAAGUGUGAGAGUGAUAUGCCCAAAAUCACCCAGUGGAUUUCUAUUGUUGAGCUGGUAUUUGAACCAUAUAGUACAAUUCUUAAACUACUUCACCAUGCUGGCUCCCAUUGGAAACUUCUAGGAAUGACAAUUUCUCUUUUAAAUAGGCUAAGGGUCUAUUUAUUAAAAAGUAUUGUGCUUAUUUCUCAAAAUCAGAGGUAGGCAUCCCACCACCUUGUUUGACAUCAUUGGGGUUUGUUUGGCAUUGUUGUUUGCAACCCACAUGGUUCCUGAUGGAUUAUCACUAGCUUCUAGAUGUUAUCCAUAAUUUUUCUUACUAGAAGCAUUCAGUUCAUUUCUUUAAGGAAGGGGGUCUCCAAACUAGUUCCUGUGGGUCAGAUGCGGCCUUCCAAGCUCCUGGUUCUGAUUCAGCCACUGGCCGGCAGGCCUCCGUGGUGAAGAGAGAGGGGACAGAGGGUCUGCAGGAUCUGGCUAGGCCCACCUGCCCUGUUUUCCCCAGCGGAACCACACUGAACCUGCUGUGACUUCUGCCAGGCUGGGUGCUGAGCUGGGAAGCAAUUUGAUGGCCCCCAGGGGAACUCCUUUAGGCCUGCCACGUUUCUCCACCUGACCCCCUCGCCUGACACACAACAAUAGUCCUAAUGAGCUUCCCAUUGAAAUGCUGGUAAGUUUAUGUUGUUUAAAAUUGUUCUUCAUUUUAAAUAUUGUAUUGCUCUUCCUUUUUUUUUUUUGCACUACAAAUAAGGUAUGUGCACUGUGCAUGGGAAUUCGUUUAUAUUUUUUUCAAACUAGUUCAACCCCCCAAUAGUCUGAGGACCCCUGAUUUAAGGGAAACAGAAUUGUUUUACUAGUCAAACUCAAAUUAGCAACUGACCUUUCUGACUCUUAAAAAAUCCUUUGUUCAGAAACGAGUUCAUGAAGAUCUGCAAAAAUGAGGUGAAAGUGCCUGGACUGGUGAUCAUGAGAGAUAUUUCAAUUGCCAAGUCAGAGUUUGUUGCAGAUCAGAAAGCAGUUACAAAAAUUCAAGAUUUUAUGGGAGACGAAGAGCUCUUCAGAUAUUGUACUUUGCCUCAGAUACUGAAAUAUGUGGAAUGCAUAGUAGGACCAAACAUCAUGGCUAUGCACACCAUGCUCAUAAAUAAACCUCCAGAUCCUGGAAAGAAGAGUUCUCGCCAUCCAUUGCACCAGGAUUUGCAUUUUUUCCCAUUCCGGCCUGCGGAUCGCAUUGUUUGUGCCUGGACUGCAAUGGAGAGGAUUGAUCGCAGAAAUGGAUGCCUGGUAGUACUGCCGGGAUCACAUAAGGGGCCUCUGAAGCAGCACGAUUAUCCUGAGUGGGAGGGUGGUGUAAACAAAAUUUACCAUGGAGUCCGUGACUAUGAUAAAAACACCCCAAGAGUUCACUUGGUUAUGGAGAAAGGAGACACUGUGUUUUUCCACCCGUUACUGAUCCACGGCUCUGGGAUGAACAGGACUGAAGGUUUCCGAAAGGCAAUCUCAUGUCAUUAUGCAAGCUCUGACUGCUACUACAUUGAUGUGAAAGGUACUUCUCAGGAAAAAGUUGAGGAAGAAAUUCAAGAGCUUGCAAGAAAAAAGUAUGGCGCAGAGAUAAUUGUCAUCCUGAAGGAUGCUUGGAUGGUUCGAGGCCGCCUUGUUAAAGGAAAAAGAAUAAAUAUGUGAAAUCUGAUUCAGAUGCCAAGGCUGGCGUGUCAUACAAUGGAUUCCUAAACUGCCUAAGAGAUAACGUGAUUCAUUUUUACUGAUGUAUUUUCCUAACUAUUUUGUGGCUUAUCACAAAUAUUUGCAAAGCAUAUAUAUAUUUGAAAAUUAAUAUAUUAUUGAAAUUUCAAAAAUGUUGAGUUGGAGUUCUGCUUCUUUUAGAAAACUAUUGACUGUUCAUAUUUUAGAUAUUGUAGAUUAUAAACAUCAAGUACUUACUUUGUGGACUACUUUAUCUGCAAGCCUACACCUUGCGUAAUUCAGCAGUUAGCUACUUUUGAAAGACAAGAAAAGAGCAGUGAUAGUUAAGGGACAUGUUUGCUGUAUGUGAAGUGCUAUAUGUGCUUUUUGAGGGAGAGAAUUUUGCACAAUAUAUAACAGCAUCCCCACUGUAAUUACAGCUGCAUUGGCUAUCAUAUCUAGGGCUAAAGAAUUCCUCUGGCUGCUAAGCAUCUUCAAAAGCUGCUGAAAAUGUAGAAGAGGCAUAUAUGGCUCCAAAAGAAAAGACGAAUAAACAUUUUUGUGCAAUGA